AUGGCCUCGCUCUUUACCAACAGCUUGACCCGUCUCAGCGGAGCCGGCAAGCUAUGCACGGCGAUGGGAAUCAGGCUGGUGACCAAUACCCAAGUCGUCCAUUUAGCGGCAAACGGAGGCUUUGAUGCUCUCUUCAUUGACUUGGAGCACUCAACACUUUCCAUCCAGGAUGCGAGCCAGCACUGCAUAGUUGGCUUACAGCUGGGCAUCACUCCCUUCGUCAGAGUUCCUUACCAAUGUGGAAACGGCUUCGUCCAGAAAGUACUGGACGGCGGAGCGAUGGGUGUGAUCUUUCCGCAUGUCCAUGGUCGAGGUAAGAUUGCCUCGAACGAUGUUCUGCCUCAGCGAAGGUUCUCACAAUCCAUACUAGAUGAUGCUAAGGCGGCGGUGUCAAUAUGCAAAUACCCACCUCAAGGCAAGAGGUCGAUCACCGGACAACUCCCGCUGUUCUCUCUCAAGGCAACGCCCCAAGACACCAUUAUUUCUGAAACGAAUAGAAACGGGUCUAGCGUCUUCUUGAUGAUUGAAACAAAGGAGAGCAUAGAUAACAUUGAAGAGAUCGCGUCAGUUGACGGCGCGGAUGUGCUUCUAGUUGGGUCUAAUGACCUGGCAAUAGAGCUAGGAGCGCCAGGACAAUUUAGGAGUAAGGAAUUUCGGGCGGCUAUGGAGACAAUCAGUCAAGCUUGCGAGAAGCACGGGAAGAUCAUGGGUUUAGCCGGCAUAUACGAUGAUCACGAGCUUCAUGACUGGGCAAUCAACCAACUUGGUGUACGGUUCCUGCUUGGGGGACAGGACUCGGCUAUCCUGGCGAGAGGAGCAAAAGAGACCAUGGCAGCGAUUUCAAAGGUGCCUCAAUAA